GAAGUAACUCAGUAAUUUGUUUUUCAUUUUCAGACGUCAUUGUUGAUUUCACGCGUUUUUCCUCUUACUAAUAAAACAAUACGUUCGUUAAGCGGUGAAAGUAUAAAACUAUGAUGAUAAAACACAAAUCUAAUCCGACAGAUUUAUACUUUUGAUUCGUGUCUGACUAAAUGAAUGCUGUUUUGUUGAGUUGUUGUUUUGUCCAGCAGCAGCAGUAGCAUCAGACGCGAUCAUUUAUUGAUCAGAUAUUGGUCAUCUGAACACAUGAGUGUAUCUCUGGUUGUGAUCAGACUCGAGCUCGCUGAUCAGUCUGAUUUUCCGCAGGGUUUUCAAUACUGCGCCGUAUCUGAGAUGUCAGAAGAUGAGAUGAGGGAUAAAGGCCUGGCCUCCGCCAGAGUCACACUGGGCGGUAAAACGGACCUGGAGCGAGCAACCAUUCUCCAUCAGCACCUGGGCAGCCGGGUCAUGAGCGACAUGGUGAUCGAGACCUUUCAAUCCAAAGCGGAACCUGCGAAAGAAGGUCAGGAAGACGUGAAGUCCACAGAUGAUGGAAACCCCAAAGAUCAAACGGACGUGGGAACGACUCCAGACUCGCCGUCCAAACAGCUGCCUGAUCAGAUCUCCUUUUUCAGCGGGAACCCGUCGGUCGAGAUCGUCCACGGCAUCAUGCAUCUCUACAAAACAAAUAAGAUGACAUCACUAACAGAGGACGUGAGGCGCAGCGCCAUGCUCUGCGUGCUCACGGUGCCAACCACCAUGACCAGCCAUGACCUCAUGAAGUUUGUGGCACCCUUCAAUGAUGUCAUGGAGCACAUGAAGAUCAUCCGAGACUCCAUGCCCAACCAGUACAUGGUGCUGAUCAAGUUUAGAAGUCAGCCCGAUGCGGACAGUUUCUACACAGCCUGCAAUGGGCGCCAGUUUAACUCGAUUGAGGAUGCUGUCUGCCAAUUAGUUUAUGUGGAGAGGGCAGAGGUCAUCAAAUCUGAUGAGGGUGCCAGUUUACCCGUCAUGGAUCUGACCGAGCUGCCCAAGUGUACCGUGUGUUUGGAGCGGAUGGAUGAAUCUGUGAACGGUGUACUGACCACCCUGUGUAACCACAGCUUUCACAGUCAGUGCCUACAGAGAUGGGAAGAUGCAACGUGUCCCGUGUGCAGAUACUGUCAGACUCCUGAACCUGUGGAGGAGAACAAGUGUUUCGAGUGUGGAGUACAAGAGAAUCUGUGGAUCUGUCUCAUUUGUGGACACAUCGGCUGCGGACGCUACGUCAGCCGCCACGCAUAUAAGCACUUUGAGGAAACCCAGCACACUUACGCCAUGCAGCUGACCAAUCACAGGGUCUGGGACUAUGCAGGAGAUAAUUAUGUUCAUCGUCUUGUUGCCUGUAAAACUGAUGGGAAGAUGGUGCAGUAUGAGUGUGAGGGCGACACGUGUCAAGAUGAAAAGAUUGAUGCUCUACAGCUGGAGUACUCAUAUUUAUUAACCAGCCAACUGGACUCUCAACGCAUUUAUUGGGAAAAUAAAAUCCUUCAUCUUGAGAAAGACACAGCAGAGGAGAUCAGCAACAUGAAGGCCAAAUUUAAGGAGACGAUCGACAAGUGUGACAGCUUGGAGCGCAAACUAAACGAACUCACCAAAGAAAAGCAAUCUAUAGAAAAGAAAUGCUCGCAGCUUAAUAACAAAGUCGUGAAGCUCAGCCAAGAGCUGAGGGAGGAGCAGGAGAUGAACCGAUGCCUGAGAGCCAAUCAGGUGCAGCUUCAGACGCAGCUGCAGGAAGAGGAGAGGCGGAGCCACGAGGCCACGGCCAAUAAAGACAGUCAGAUUUCCGAGCUGCAGGAGCAGCUGAGGGACGUCAUGUUCUACCUGGAGACGCAGCAGCAAAUCGACCGGAUGCCUGCGGAUACCCGGCAGGAAAUCCAGGAGGGUCAGAUUAACAUCGCUUCGGCCCCCGCCGCCCCACAACCCGGACCCUCGACUCACGGCGCAGGCAAACUCGGGGGCAGAAAAGGACGAUCCAAGAGGGGAAAGUAAUGAAAUUCUGUCUGUGGAUGUUAUAUUUGGAGGAAAUGAGGGUUAAUCACGUUUCAUCAUUUACAUUAAAGGCUUGGAUAUAAUCUAAUCUCUUCAAUAAUAUCUCAUGUAAGAGCAGCGGUAGAAAUGUAGCUCUACCAGUUUUUAUGAAAACAAAGUGCUGUUAUUGUUGCACAAUUUUAUUUUCGUUAUAUUUCAUGUUCUCAGGAGAAUGAACCAUGCUAAAGUUUAUUCAUUGUCUGAUUUGCUUUGUAUUCGUAGAAAUGUUAGCAUUUUCAGCAAUAUUUCUUUUUUAGACCCGGCGUCCAGGUUACAUUUUUACUCCAGAAUUAUAAUUAUUUUAGACCAUAAACAGCUUAUUUUAUGCAGUCAACAAAUACAAAAAUUAUUAUAUAGUAUAAUCAUUUAAUAAUUCAAUUUUUAGAAAGAGAUUAAGAUCAAACUACACUACAAUAAUCAGAUGGAGGGGUUGGUUAUUAUUAGAUAGAAAUAUAUAAUUUAUUGUCUUGGUAUAUUUAUAUUUGAUUUAGUGGUAAAUUGUAACCUGGACCUAAAGGGGUUUUCCUCAUACUGUAAACAGUAUUAAGGUCCCAGGUGUGGUAAAACGCAACACGAUGACUUCAUUCAAUGAAAGACUUGUACUGUAUGUGAACAGGCACUGAUUAAAAAGCUUGUUUGACGUUUUCAUACACAGAUUGUAUUUGGUUUGAUGAUUACACGGGACUAAAUCAUG